AUGUCGUUUCGUGCAGCAACUCUGUUACUCCGGUCAGCACGAUCAGCCAACUUCCGAACUCUUCACACCUCGAUUUCUUCCUUCAAUUCCGCUGACUUACCCCCUACACCGAGUUCAGCCGAAGCACUGGGUUUCAAGACGCAAAAUAGGCAGCGUGUAUUACCUGCAGAUCUGAAGAUCAAUAUCUCAGCUUCCGGUAAAAGGGAUCUGGUCCAAGAUAAUGAGAAAAAACCUAGACAUGACAACAAAAGAUCUGGUCGUAUUACUCUAGUCCCUCGGCCGCAAAAGGAGGUUUUUAAUUCCUCAUCACAAGAAGCAGAUUUCUUCUCUGGUUCAGAUCUUACUUCGACUUCUACUCCUGAAUCACGACGGUCGUCUUCAUCCGCACCAAGAUCAAGACGAGCUUUGAAAGGUGUCUCUAUGGAUGUGGUGGAUUCCGCGUUACCUCCGGAUGUAGCCCGACGUCAACGUCGCGAGAACAAUUCUCAACAGAGAAGUCGACCCGGGCAAGGAAAAGGAAGAAGUGCAGGUGGUAAAGAUAGAAAAUCAAGGGAUGUGGGGAUCAAUGUCAAUUCAAGAGAGAAGAGAGUAAUGCUACCUAGAAGACAAUUGACUUUGGAUGUAAUGGACCAUUCGGAACAAGGGUUAUUUGGUAAAAACCCACUUGUCAUUCAGUCUCAAGGUAAUGGUAUCUUUAGUACUGGAUUAGGUCAUCCCCGUAAAUCUUCGUCUAUCAGACAAACAUCUUCUACUUCCGCAUUCCCAACAUCACCUAUUCCUAUAUUAUCUACUAUACCGGCUAGAUCAACAGAACAAGCUAUUCAGAUCGCAAGCUGGUCAGCAGCUCUGAAUGGGUCAAUAGCUCCCAGAGUCAAAUCAAGAUUAUCAGAUACCGUUAAAGCUCAAUUGGGUCGAUAA